GUGGAAUAUUGUAUCCAUAUCAACACAGAAUUUAUAUUCACCCAGAUCUUCAAUCAAUUGUUUACAUGGAAAACUUAAUCCUUUUGCAGGAGGCUAAUCGAAGCUUAGCCGAUCUGAAUCCUACUAUUGUUUUCGUCUUAGGUGGCCCCGGCAGUGGAAAGGGUACCCAAUGCGCAAACAUUGUUCAGCACUUUGGGUUUACACAUCUGAGUGCUGGUGAUCUACUACGAGCAGAAAUCAAGUCUGGUUCUGAAAAUGGAACCAUGAUUUCGAACAUGAUAAGGGAAGGUAAAAUUGUCCCCUCAGAAGUAACAAUUAAGCUUCUUCAGCAAGCAAUGCUGGAGAGUGGUAAUGACAAGUUUCUUAUUGACGGGUUUCCUCGUAAUGAAGAGAACCGUUCUGCAUUUGAGGCUGUGACUAACAUCGAGCCUUCAUUUGUCCUGUUUUUUGAUUGUUCUGAAGAAGAGAUGGAGAGGCGCCUUUUGAGUAGGAACCAGGGAAGAGAAGAUGAUAACAUAGAAACAAUAAGGAAGCGGUUUAAGGUUUUUCUUGAGUCUAGUCUCCCAGUGAUAGAAUACUAUAACUCCAAGGGGAAAGUUCGAAAGAUUGAUGCUGGAAAGCCUAUUGAAGAGGUUUAUGAGUCUGUAAAAGCCAUUUUUGCCCCGAAAAACGAGAAGGCUGACUAAUUACAACAGUGGAGCAUUCAAGACUUCAGAUUUUUAUUAUUUUUGAGGUCCUGCUAUUUGUAGCUGCAAAACACAUUGUAUUCUUUUGAAGGUUUCAUUUCACAUGGUCAAAACAUAUUAUAGAAGGUUGAAGGUCGAAUGUUACAUUUCACUUGGCCGAUAUAUUUAUAUACAAUUGAGGUGCACUCCUCUUCAUAUAACUAUUGUAUUGUAAUUUGAAUGCUCUUAGUAAUAACUAUGGGGACAAUGCUCCUUUUAGUGUGUACCCUAGCUCAGUCCUUGAAUCUACAUAUGUUUAUUUUAACACCCA